CUCAGCGAUGUUCAACCAGUAUUCAGGAUAAAUCCGCAAGUCGCGAUAUAAUAUCCUUUCUCCCAAAGUAUGACAAAUCGCAAGUCCUUCCUUUUCUCACACUCUUUUGCUGCGAUGUCUGCGAUGAUCGUAAGACGAAGAUUUUGAGCCAUUCUUUAUUCUGCUUUUGCUUCUACAUAUUCUAGAUGAAAAUGACUUACUAUAUCCUUCUCCAUCUGCUCUUCUUGCCCACAGUCUUCUCCCAAGCUGCUACUUUCCCACAAUGCGCUAACACCUGCUUAUCGAAUUUCAACAAUGGUACCAACACUGGCGAUUGCGCCAACUCUGAUGCUGCUUGCAUUUGCGCGAGUUCGGAUUUUCAAAGCGGUUGGGCGUGUUGCUUGAACAACGGGUGCAAUGCCACAGACGUAUCAUCUGCCGUUAGCACCAUGAAGACCCAGUGCCCAAAUGUGCCAACGAUAGGGACUUGUACCGUAGACGAUGCUCAGACCCCUGGUGGAUUUGACGGGAAGGGUCCUGGAGGAGGUGGUCCGGGGCAUUUUGGGGGUGGUCCGGGUGGAGGCUUUCACGGCCCCGGUGGAGGAGGCUUUGGUGGCGGACCAGGAGGACCACCAGGAGGAGGCGGAGGCGGAGGGGGCAAUGCUCCAAGUCCAGAUCCUACGACCGUGACGGCUCCAGCUUCAACGAUAACAGCUCCAGCAGAUCCCGUUACAGUCACAACGCCUGUCAUCAUUAAUAAUCCAGUCACAAUCGCCAGUCCUGUCACAAUUCAAAGCCAAGUCACAGUCACAAACGCAGUCCCAGUAACCAGCCCAGCAACCAUCACCGCAACACUUCUCCAAACCUCAAUCUUGACAAGCUCUCAGGUAGUGGUUGUCACAUCCAUCAUCUCCAACGUUGCAGCAUCGUCCGCUGCUCCCUCAACGAUUCUACUGACCAGCACUUCGCUGGUAGAGCAAACCAGUGUGUCGAGCACCGAAACCGUCGAGACUACAGAAACAGUCUCGCAAUCUACAUUCACAUCUGUAUCAUCAUCAGCAGCAACAACUUCAUUCGCCAGCAUUCCCGCCUCACCGGUCGCUCCAAUUCUCGGCCCAUCCAGUACACCGGCACCCUCGCAAUCGAUGGGAAGUGGCGCCAAAGCAGGGAUUGCGAUAGCGGUCCUCAUCUUCGUCGGCAUCCUAGCAACAGGCAUAUACUUCUUUGUGCGAUGGCGGAAGCGUGCCAUGGAUAAGGAAUUUGAGGUCUGGAAGAAGGAGCAAUAUGAUGCCUUGCAGGAUGCCAAGCAAAAGACGGCUCCGGUGUAUUCAGGGGUAAGGACGACGGUUUCGAGUGGGAGGCCGCUGUAUAGGGAUAUCUUUGAUAAGCCGGGAUAA